GUGGUUCGAGCGUUAGUCUUUGCUUGUUCCUCGUACGGUGCUGACGCGUGUACUUCCUCCUUCUUUCACUCUUUUUUUUUUUCUUCUCUUUCUCUCUUCUUCUCUUCCCGGUCCUACAGCUCGGUUAAAGAUUUGCCCUUCGCAAAAUGGCGGCAUUGGCCAACAGCAGGAGGAGGCUCAAUAUACACGAGGAGAAAACGAGUGCAAGAAACGGAUUAACCUUCUGCGAAGACAUCCUAACUAAUGGCCAUGCCGGUUUACAGAGCAAUGGGCAUAUACAGUUCCCAGAGAAAGAGAGGAAAGCGGAGUCGUCGAGUAGUUCAAGAUCGAAGGAAUCGUUCGAGAGGGUACCGUUUAUCACGGCAGCAUUGACCCACCUUGGAUUCUAUAUUCUUAUGUUCCUGGGUUUUAUAAACCAGUUGUUUUUCACGCCGAAAGUCGCAAAAGAGUACAACAGAGAGGGUUAUGCACCGCUUUAUGAACAUUUCGAAAGAUUUUAUCUUCGAUACGUGUACAGAAGAGUCAGAGAUUGCUGGAACAGGCCGAUAUGCUCUGUUCCAGGUGCAACUGUUACACUUAAAGAUAGAGUAACACGAGAUUACGGAUGGUCGUUUCAGUUUACCGGAACUACCACAGAAUGUAUAAAUUUGGGAUCGUACAACUAUUUGGGUUUCGCCGAGGCGACUGGAAAGUGUGCCGAUCAAAGUAUCAACACCCUUAAAGAAUUCGGUUGUGCUAGUUGCACCACUCGUCUUGAACUUGGAAACAUGCCGAUUCACGAAGAAUUGGAAAAAUUGACAGCCAGAUUUCUCGGGGUGGAGGACGCAAUAGUUUUUGGAAUGGGAUUCGCAACGAAUGCGCUUAAUCUACCUUCCUUACUGAGUAAAGGUUCUUUGGUUCUUAGCGACGAGAAGAAUCAUGCUUCGUUGAUACUCGGAUUAAGACUAUCCGGUGCCACUGUCAGAGUGUUCAAGCACAACAAUGUGGAACAUUUAGAGAGUUGCUUGAAAACAGCGGUGGUUUUUGGUCAGCCAGCAGCUGGAGAACCUUGGAAGAAAAUAGUAAUUGUAGUCGAAGGUGUUUAUUCAAUGGAAGGUUCCAUUGUACAUUUACCGGAAAUAUUGGAGCUUAAAAAGAAGUACAAAGCAUAUCUUUAUUUGGAUGAAGCCCAUAGCACAGGUGCAAUGGGAAAACAUGGAAGAGGUGUUUGUGAUUAUUAUGGAAUCGAUCCGCGAGACGUCGAUAUACUUAUGGGAACUUUCACGAAAAGCUUUGGUUCCGCUGGUGGAUAUAUUGCUGGAACAAAGACAUUAAUAAAUCAUUUAAGGAUAUACAGUCAUGCACACGCAUAUGCAGCUGCCAUGUCCCCGCCAGUAGCGCAACAAAUUAUUACUUCUAUGAAAAUAAUCGCCGGUGAAGACGGCACGAACGACGGAAAGAAGAGAACAAAGCAGUUGGCAAGGAAUACCAGAUACUUCAGGCGUCGAUUAAAUCAAAUUGGAGUGAUUAUCUACGGAAACGAAGACUCCCCUGUUGUACCUAUGUUAGUUUAUUUGUUUUCGAAAAUUGGCGCAGUUGUGCGAACUUUAACAACGCAUAACAUAGCAGCGGUAGGUGUUGGAUUUCCAGCAACUCCACUGAUGGAAGGUAGAAUACGGUUUUGCCUGUCCGCUGCACACACUAAGCAACAAUUAGACUAUGUACUCUCACACAUUGAAAGUCUCGCGGAUUCGUUGGGUUUAAGAUACUCGCGCAAACCUCGCGAUCCAACACCAAUAGAAUAUUAUUCCGACGGAGAGGCCGAAUGACCUACUACCUAGAAAAUGGACUCUAGGACUUUACUAUACUUUGCCCCGAAGAAGCACCUCGUGCUUGUACGGAAAGACACUGCCUUGAAAGAAUUCUACGCGCAUUUUUUUGCGGCUUUUCCAUUAAUCUACACGUUCUACAUUUUCAAAUACCUUCGAUAAAUAUUUCUAAAGACAGAAAGAUUAGGUCGUCUUAUUUCAUCUUAGAGGUGUUAUUUUAGAUGAAACUGCUACUGUUACUACUGGCUACCACUCUAGUACACUCUUACUACUGCUAUUACUCUUAUACCACCACUAUUACUAUUGCUGCUUCUUUUUCGUGUUCCCCUCCUUUUUGUUCAGUAUGCCUGUACAACGAUACUGAAAAUUUCACACAUAUUAGUACUUUUUUCGUGAUUUCUUGAAAAGUACACAACGAAUUACACUAAAUAGUAACGUAAAAGCCAAGAGUGGAUACUUGACGCUUUUCGAUGUGUCUUGCUGCGCUGGCACACUGCCUCAAUUGCAUUUAUAUCGUAUUCAACUUUACUUACACAAAUAGUUUAAUCCUCUUGCUGUGACAAACGUAUUCGGCAGUAACACGUCAAGUGCAGCCACACAGAACUUUGUAAAGGUUUCUAUUUUACGUAGAUUGUAUUCUCCGAUAUAAUGUUAAGGACUUUUAAAAUAGCAUGCAUAUGUACAGGUGAGCACGCGAAGCAUUUAACAGCAGAUAUUCACCGAGUACGAUUUCCUUUUGAAUACAUAAGAUUUUCAGGUCUGAUUGUCACAGCAAAAUGUUUGUUUGAAACAAGCAUAUCGUUUAAUAUUCGUUCUUUGACAGUCAUACAGAUUUAUACACAAUUUUAAGAUAGCUUUUGGUUCCAGAAAUAA